CUUCCUCUGGUGCACACCGUUGAGUAUUAAAUAGGCAACAGAACAGCAAACAGAGACAGAAACAUGUCCUCGGUACGUAAGAGGAACGUCAAUUCUUCCAAGAAGAGCUCAUCGUCCUCGUCGUCGCCUCCUCAGUCUCGGUCCCAGGCACAAGAUGAGGUUGAAUUUGUGUUGAGCGGCAAGGAGGAAGCGCCAUUGAAGAGGGAAGACCCACGCCACGAGGUGAUUGCAUUGUCUGUGAUAACAGCGCUGGCGUUCUUCACGAGAUUCUACAAGAUCUGGUUUCCGAACGAGGUUGUGUUUGACGAGGUGCACUUUGGUAAGUUUGCGUCGUACUAUCUGCAACGCACCUACUUCUUUGAUCUACACCCUCCGUUUGCGAAGUUGUUGAUUGCAGGAGUCGGGUACCUCGUUGGCUACGACGGCGCUUUCAAGUUCGACAAGAUUGGUGACUCGUACAUCACCAACCAGGCUCCGUACUUGGCCUAUCGUUCCCUGGAGGCCAUCCAGGGCUCGUUGACCGUGCCAGUGUUGUUCUUGACGAUGAGACAGUUGGACUAUUCAAUCGCAGCCUCCUCAUUGGCCUCAUUUAUCGUGUUGUUUGACAAUGCACAUGUGACAGAGACAAGAUUGAUUCUGUUGGAUGCUACCCUGUUGCUCUCCGUUGCUUGUUCCAUCUACGCAUACGUUAGAUUCAGAAACGAACAGUUGAAAAAGGCAUUCACCACGACCUGGUGGAAAUGGUUGGCAUUGACAGGUGUCGCAUUGUCAUGUGUCAUUUCGACCAAAUAUGUUGGUGUAUUCACUUUCCUAACUAUUGGAUUUGCUGUGAUUAUUGACUUGUGGCAUUUGCUCGACAUCGAGAGCGGGUUGACCGUCAGGGAAGUUUCUAGACACUUUGUCGCAAGAUUCUACGGGCUGAUCGUUCUGCCAUUCAUCAUCUACUUGUUCUGGUUCUACGUCCACUUUGCCGUGUUGACCAAAUCAGGUACAGGUGACGCCUUUAUGAGUUCAACGUUCCAGGAAACCCUUGGUGAUUCACCAUUGGCAGCUACUGCCAAACAAGUUAACUACUACGACACCAUCACUCUGAAACACAAGGAAACAGAGUUGCUCUUGCACUCUCAUGAUGCCUUCUACCCACUGCGUUACGAAGAUGGACGUGUCUCUUCUAAGGGUCAACAGGUCACUGCGUUUAACGGCACUGACCCAAAUAACGAAUGGAUAAUCUUACCACCACAAGAUUUCCCAGAAGAGUCAAAACUCGGUCAUGCUGUUAGAAUCGACGAUAUUGUGAGACUCUACCAUGUUGGCACGGAUUCGUACAUGCUUGCACACGACGUUGCGUCUCCAUUGUAUCCAACAAACGAGGAGUUCACUACUGUCAAGGGAGAAGUUGCGCAGAACAGAUUCAACGAGACUCUGUUCAAAUUGUUGCCUGCUGAUAGAGCUAAGUCAAGAAGUAUUAUCAAGACAAAGGGCUCUGUUGUCAGAAUUCUUCACAAGGAUACAAACGUUGCUCUUUGGACCCAUGAUGAUGUUACUUUACCAGAUUGGGCAUUUAACCAAUACGAAGUUAACGGUAACAAAGAUACGACUGCUAGCUCGAACUCAUGGAUCUUUGAUGAAAUUGUUGGCCUCAACGAUGCUCGUCAGUUUUAUGUGCCAAAGAGUGUCAAAACACUCCCAUUCUUAACCAAAUGGUGGGAGUUGCAAUUCCUGAUGUUUUCUCACAAUAACAAGUUGAGUAGUGAACAUCCAUUCGCAUCUGACCCAAGUAGCUGGCCUCUGUCCUUAUCUGGAGUCAGCUUCUGGACAAAUUCAGAUAAGAAAUUGCAAAUCUAUUUCAUCGGUAACUUGGUCGGAUGGUGGACUGAAGUUUUGGUAAUGGUCAUUUUUGCAGGUGUCUAUAUUGGCGCAAAGCUUGCAGAGCAGAGAAGAAUCAAAAUUUUCACUCCUGCUCAAGUCAACAGACUAGCUGAUAUCGGCUUCCUGUAUAUUGGAUACUUGUCGCAUUACGUCUUCUUCUUCUUAAUGACCAGACAAAAGUUCUUGCACCACUAUCUACCAGCUCAUCUCCUGGCAGCACUCUUAACUGGUGCGAUUGCAGAGUUCUUCCUUGGAAGAGGAAGAAACUUGAACAUUGCAGUCCUUGUGUUCUCUGUGGUUCUUAUUGGUUUCUUCAUCUUCUACGCCCCAAUUACGUAUGGUGAUGUCUCACUGACACCUGAACAGGUCAAGGCCAGACAAUUCUUCAACAUACACCUUUCUCAUGCCAAAUGAUAAAUACCUUUUGAUAUAUACAUCUACAAUACGAGACUCAAUAAAAAAUAUCCUUAUU